AUGGACCCCGAUCAAAGUCAAGAGACGAGAGACUUCUCUCGACCCCCAGAGCAUCUUUUGAACCAGUCCCUCUCCCUCGCAAUGGACUACACCUGGGACAAGAUGCAACUUGAGGAACACUGGAGAGAUGAAGCUCUUUGCAACGUUACCAUAACCACAGAACAGGUCUUUCUUUUCCAAUGCCUUGGGAAAACUCCCAUCCCGGAUGCAGAGCUCUACAAGCGCUACAUACUGUCGGAGCAAAAAGAAGAUGGUUCUUGGCCUAUUGCUACGAAGUGCCAUGGAGACAUCUCGACAAGCUGUGAGGCCUACCUAGCCCUCAAAAUAUUAGGCCUGAGUCCGUCUUGCCAAGAAAUGACAAAGGCGCGACAGUUUAUACUCAAGGCUGGGGGUGUUGCCAAGGCCAGGAUACUCACGCGGAUUUCCUUUGCGCGGUUUGGCCUCUUUCAUUGGGACGCUGCCCCUCACCUGCCUGCUGAAUUGAUACUGCUCCCGCCGUCUUUGAAGUUCAAUAUCUAUCGACUAUCAUCCCAGGCACGUUCUACAUUAAUUCCACUCUUGGUCAUCACCCACCAUCGACCUGUUUACGCACUUCCAAACGGGAGGUCGGCCGACAACGAUUUUAUUGAUGAGCUGUGGGUUGAUCCGACAGGCAAGAUGACUUCUCAUUACUCGCGCUCAUCGCUUUUCUCCCCCCGUGAGAUCGAUCCUACUGAGCUCCUUUUCUCAGGACUAGAUACAGCUCUGUCUUAUCUGGGAGGACUGAGGCGAUUCCCUCUGCGAAAGAAAGCCCUACGAUAUUGCAUUCAGUGGAUUCUCAACAACUUGGAGCCACCUGGUGACUGUCCAGGGAUUUCCCCCCCAGUGCAUAACAACAUCCUAGCAUUACUAUUGGAAGGAUUUUCACAAAAUAGUCCUAUGGUAAAGCUGGGCAUGGAGGCUAUCGAAAGAUUCACACACCAGGACGAAACUGGCAAACGGCUGCAGUCUUGCGUGUCACCGGUCUGGGACACCGCGCUCAUGACCCGUGCUAUCUGCGACUCUGGUUGGAACAAGCACGAUGCCCGUCUUGAGAAGUCGCACUACAACAAUUUCGGGCCCGGUGUUGACGAUAGUGUUGUGGUUCUUCUCUCAAUGUUACAUCAGAACUCUUCAAACAUCGAGUCAGACACGGUAGCGAGAGCCGCAAUGUGGAUUUGCGGGAUGCAAAAUUCCGAUGGCGGCUGGGGGGCGUUUAGCAACAACUACAACCAGUGGCUCAACAAGACUCCGCUGAAAGCUUUGCGUCAUAGUUCGACGGCGGAUCUCACGGGUCAUGUUCUUGAGGCGUUCGGCAUGGUUCUCAACAUAGCCUCGCGGAAGAGCUCUGAAGACCUGGGCUCUCGACUGGCUCAGACAAAAGUACUUGGCGCGAUCGUGACGGCAUCACAGAGGGCUGUACGCUAUUUGGCCCAGGAGCAGGAGGGAUUUGGUCCGUGGUAUGGCUGCUGGGGUGCUAGUUAUCUUUAUGCUACCAGUGCCGCAGUCUCCGGCUUGGCUUGGUUUGCUGAUGGCGAUAACUGGGUGAAGGAAAUGAUAGCAUCCGCUGUCUCCUGGAUCAAAGAAGUCCAGAACUUGGAUGGGGGAUGGGGAGAGGGUCUUGAAUCAUGCAAUGAUCAGCAGAUGGCUGGAAGGGGUCCAUCCACACCAUCUCACACAGCAUGGGCCAUUAUGUGCCUUCUAGAAGAAUUGGAUCCAGAUGAUGCCUCGAUAAGAGCUGGGAUAAAUCAUCUCUUGGCCGAGCAGCAAGAUGUCUCUCUGAAGAGGGAAGGGGCAUCCUGGGAGGAAUUAAACUACGCAGGCACGGAUUCCCUGGGGUCUCUAUAUCUUCGAUCCCAGGUUUCCAGUCAUUAUUUUCCUAUCAUGGCUCUUGGGCGAUAUAAAAAAGCAAUGCUUUGUACCUAUUCUAAUUAG